CGUGGCGCCAAAUUUGUAAAGGGGUCGUCUUGCGUAGCGGAUUUCACUAUUUUCUUUAUCAAAUGUCCAUAUAGUCUUAACGCAAACGACAACUUCAUCGCAACUUCCAAAGAAAUAUGUAAGGAAGGUUAGAAUUUGAGUUUGCUCCCGGUAUGCCGCCAUUUGAUAACAAUGUGAAUAUUGAGACGAGAUUGUAAGUCUCAAGACAUCUCAAAAGAAGACAGAUCAUUGUUAUUGUCAACGACCCGAAGGAAUGGGAAUCCAAGGCCUUCUUCCAUUACUUAAGCCUAUUCAGAAGCCCGUGUCCAUUGCUGAGCAUUUCGCAGGUCAAGUCAUCGGGAUAGAUGCUUACUGUUGGCUGCACAAGGGAGCUUAUGGUUGCGCUAUGGAAUUGGUCGAUGGAAAGAAAAGCUCCGUAUAUGUCAAUUAUGUUUUGAAGCGUGUUGACAUGCUACUACAUUUCAAUGUUAAACCAAUUCUGGUUUUUGAUGGAUCAUAUCUUCCCUCCAAAGCUGGACAGGAGGAACGAAGAAGAAAGACAAGACAAGAAAACAAGGCAAAAGGACUGGCUUUUCUGCGUGCUGGAAACAGGCAGCAGGCCCUAGAUUGCUUCCAGAAGUGUGUGGAUAUUACUCCUGAAAUGGCCCUUGAAGUCAUAAAGGAAUGUAGAAAGAAGGGCGUGGACUGUAUUGUGGCACCUUAUGAGGCUGAUGCUCAGUUAGCAUAUCUGAUGAAAGCAAGACUAGCACAGGCUAUCAUAUCUGAAGAUUCUGAUUUACUUGUCUAUGGAUGCCAGAAGGUCAUCUUUAAGAUGGAUGUCAAUGGCCAUGGCUUAGCAGUGGAUUUGGCUGAUCUUUCCAAGCUAACAAAACUCAAACUACAUCAAUUCACCCAAGAGAAGUUCCGCCACAUGUGCAUCCUGUCCGGCUGUGAUUAUCUGCCAUCUGUCAAGGGCAUUGGUCUACAGACAGCAAUUAAGCUACUGCGGAAGUCAUCCAAUGUUGAUAAGCUGAUCAGAUCUCUCAGAACUGAAACAAAGAUGCAUGUCCCUGACGAUUAUGAGAAGAACUUCAAGCAGGCAGAGGAGACGUUCUUGUACCAGCUUGUUUUUGAUCCUGUAUCUAUGAACCUGGUUCCUUUGAGUGACCUGCCAGAAGGAUUACAAGCCGGGGACCUAGUGUUUGCUGGUCCAUUAAUGACCAGGGAAAAAGCCUUGGGCAUUGCAUUAGGCAAUAUUAACCCCAUCACGGGUGAAGUGAUGGCAGAUUUUGACCCCAAAAAGGUCAAGAUUAUUGACCCGGGAUCUGGUAACAAAUCGGACGAAGACUCUCAGUCACGUGCUCUCACCCCAGUCUCCACGUCCUCCUUUGGCCAGGCUGUCAUUAGUAAAAGAGGGAAGACUGAAUACGAUGUGCAAAAAAGCCUCUCUGGGUUGAUGCUCAAUUCACAGUCAUCGGCGAAAACCAAGAAACCUUUCGUGCCGCCAAGACAUAAACGUAAGAUUGAGGAAGAAAGUGUUGAUGACGACUCGCUUCUCAAUAUGUACACUGUAUUGAAACCCAAGCAUGUCAUUCCUCGUGCUCCAGUGAAUUUCCAGCGUACAAAACCUGGUGCUCUGUCAUGGAACAGGCCAAAAAAGUUCAAGAACCCUUUUAAAAUCAGCGAUCAUCGGGUUGAGUCGCGAGAUCAAGUUAAAGUUAGCAGGUACUUUAAUGUCACUGGAAAUCAACUGGAAUCACCGAGGGAUUCACCGGACACAAUGGAGGACAGUCCGGCUGGUGAAACGAAUUUUGAUUCCGAAAACAACGAUGAGUUAUCGUCAACAGGUGAAUCACAACCUGGAGGUGGUCUUACCGUUUUGAAACAGAACAUGGAUGAACACUUAUUUCAGUGUGAAAGAGAGAAUUUUGUGCAGACUGAAGAUAUGGAACAGAACAAGGAGAAUCAGUCAACAACAGAGGUCGAUCUAUCUCCUAAGCUAUACAAGAUUGAAUAUUGCAAAAGGGAAAGCAAGGAGGAAACUACUUUUCACGACAGCAACUCUUCGCAAACGCGUUCUCCUGAAAAGCUACUAUGCCAGAGCGUGUUAACGAACCACUCUUUAAAUAUAAGUUACAAUCGCAACGAUGAAUCUGUAGAGACAAAAUUAACGGAACGUUUUAGCUACAAACGACUUCAAAGGCCAACAAAACUUAUUGACAACACAUUAGAACCCUUAUCGAGAGAGGAAACUGUUUCUAAUAAUAGUGGCUUUUCACGAUCAGUUGAGGUGAUACGUAUCGACAGUGGGUACAUAUCAGAUACGGAGAUGAGUACAGAUGGUGACACACUCACCCCUACACAGUCAGUUAUCACGGACCAAACUACACCCUCCACAGGCAGAAAUUUUUCGCUUUUACAAGGGAGUGCUGUUGGAUCCAAGACAACGAAGAAGCAGAUUCGGCUGAACUCUAAAGCAGGGCUCAGAAGCACUGGUCUCGGUAGAUGCCGCUCAAUAGGAAUAACAAGAAAGAAAACGAAAUCUAAAGAUUCAUUAAACUCUUCUGGAACGUCGUCUUUGUUGAGUUAUUUUGAGUUCGACAGGCGAAAGAAACCAAGAUUCAGUUAUGACAGCUGAGAUGCGGGCGUGAUGUAGUUGUAACCAAAUGCACGCACGGUUUCCUGGUAUAGGGCUUCAUAUCAAUCGAAGAUGAUGUGGAAUGCUGUCAUAACACUUGUCAAGAUGUCAAGAGAAAUUCUGGAAUUUCCUGGUCAAUGUCUCUUUCUUGUUUUGGCCCUUAACUUCGGACACAGACCUCUUCAUCAUAAAAUUAAAUGUAAACAAUCUCGCCCACUCCGUUUCGUUCAAAUGAGUUUCUGUAUGUUCAAAGUAUUAACAAAUCGGUUUAACAUCUAAGACCCGACAAAUUCCGUGAAAUGCUUCCAUGAUAAAAUUUUUUGGAGUAAUUCACAGAAGACAAUUAAAGCUUUCUCCAUGUUAAAGUUUUUAGACCCACAUUUAACCCUUUAAACCCUAAGUGACCGUCAUAGAAUCUGUCUUUACAGUUUAAUACUGCUUAUAUCUUUGAUCAUGUGAGAAUAAAGGAAAUGAUCGCUAUCCCAGGAAGCUUUGAUUGUCAAACGCAUUCUCGUUGUCGAUAGCAGAGGAAAUCUAAGGAGAAGACUAUAGAGCCUCUAUAAUCAUAGAUACUGAUGUUAACGUCUAAAAGGUUAAUCAGUCACUAGAAGAAUCAUUUAUAGAAUGAAAAAGGUAAGUGCAUGGUAUAUUCGGAAGCCAUAGCGAUAUCUGCUGGUUGCGGAAAUUUGAAUCAAGGAUCAUUAUUAAACAUCCGAAAGAGAACAAACUUGGGAAGCAGAAAGACAGUUUAUAUUUGAAGGUGGCCGCUCAAGUUAUUACACUU